AUGCAGAAGCCGAUGGAAGAGAAAAGCUACCGUAACCUCAUGGACAAGUUGUCCAUCUGUACUGAGACUCAGCGCGUACCGCUGGCCAGGCCUUUCCGUGCUGACCCAGUGGUCACGUUUCACCUGUACCCAGCAAGGCCAAACCAGGUCACUUGCUCUGAAGAUUUGUCAUUCCGUCCUUUCAUGUCUGAGCAUCUCAUCACAGAGAACUGCUGCAGUGAGCCCUGCACCUCUCCCUACCAAGUGCCCCAUUCCAGUUACUGCAGAAGUGAGUACUCCUGUGGGCCCGCUUUCAUCAGAAAGAGGAAUGAGAGAGAAAGGCAGCGGGUUAAAUGUGUCAAUGAAGGCUAUGCUAAGCUGAGGCAUCACCUACCUAAAGAAUACUUGGAGAAACGGCUCAGCAAAGUAGAGACACUCCGUGCUGCAAUAAAAUACAUCAGCUACCUGCAGUCUGUUCUGUGCAGCGAUUCUGUCGUGGCUGACAGAAAUGUCGUGGAGCCAAGCCAAGCACCUAAAGCAAUUAACAAACAAAACUGUUUUUUAAAGACGAUCUAA